CACACACCCUGCUCUGCUCAGACACCAUCAGAGGCUUUGGAAGGUGCUGAGCUUUCUGCUGGCUUCAUAGCUCUCUCGGGGCUUUCACCAUGUUCCUUGCGGAGGCUUUGCUUGGUGCUGCCACCAAAGCAGCGGGAGGUGGUGGUGGUGGUGGCGGCAGCAGAGGCGGUGGCGGCAGCAUCGGUGGCGGCGGCGGCGGAGCCGGAGGGGCUCUUGUCAGAGGCCUCGGAGGCCUUUUGUCUGGAGGUUCAGGCAGCAACAAAGGAGGGAACUUCGCCGGGUUCGUUGGAGGCCUCGUGAACAUAAUCAGCGAGGCGGCAGCUCAGUAUACCCCUGAGCCGGCGCCAGAGGCCCGGAGCCAUUUUGCCAACGUGGAAGCCAGCGAGAGCGAGGAGGUCCGCCAGUUCCGCCGGCUCUUUGCUCAGUUGGCCGGAGACGACAUGGAGGUAUGCCCCACGGAGCUGAUGAGCAUCCUGAACAAGGUGGUGGCCCGGCACCAAGACUUGAAGAGCGAGGGGUUCAGCUUGGACACCUGCCGGAGCAUGGUGGCGGUCAUGGACAGCGACACGACCGGCAAGCUGGGCUUUGUGCAGUUCAAGUACCUGUGGAACAACAUCAAAAAAUGGCAGUGCGUGUUCAAGCAGUACCGCUCGGCCACCUCGGGGGCUAUCGAGAGGUCUCAGCUGCCGGCCGCUUUCAAGGCCGCCGGGUUCCGCUUGCACGAGCAGCUGUACGCUCUGAUCAUCCGCCGGUACGCUGACGAGGAAGACGGCAGCAUGGAUUUCAACAGCUUCAUCGCCUGCCUGGUGCGCUUGGACGGCAUGUUCCGGGCCUUCAAAGCCCUGGACAGGCGUGGAGAUGGGAAGGUCCGGAUGAACAUGGAAGAUUGGCUCCAGUUGACCAUGUACUCUUGAGGCUGCGCAGCCAGCAAUGUGGAAUGCGCACUGCUUGGGCCAGCUUUGGACUGCGAGUAGCACCUUUGGGCUUAAAGCGAAUGUCUCCUGAGACCGGGUUCUUCUCAGUCGCACUCAUUUCUCAUUCUUUAGCUUUCAAUAUAAUAUGCACGAUCUUGCUGGAAGAUGAAAUUCAAGGCCUGUAGCCCCUUAAAAACCAAGAAGAUUUGCAGGGUAUACGCUUUCAAGCUUCAAAACUGGCUCCGUUCGAUACAAGGACUACAAGCUUAUAUCCUGGAAACCUUGUUCUGUUAAGUGCUAGACUCAAACCUUUCUCUUCUCCUGCACGGCAACACGGUUACGCAUCUGAAAGUGUUUUAUUAGAAGAUACUUCGGAAAUGGUACAGCUCGCCAGUGUGUAUUUUAGAGACAACUGUAUUAUUGU